CUUCUGGAGAUAUCUAAUCUCAGGGCAAUCCUGGAUGGCUGGCAACCGUCCCAGAAAAAAACAACAGAGCGAUUCUUCUGCCGCAAAGAUCUCAGAAAGGCUGGAACAGGUCAGAACGGGAGUAACACGUUGGAUUCCUAUUUGAAAUCUCUGGGCUUAUCCUGAAACCUUGUUCACGGCACACCAAACCAUACCGAAAUGGUGGCACCCUCAAAAGCAUCAAGCGCCAAGGAACCCCGGCCACAAAUCAUCCAUAUAAAGCCGGGACAACCGGAGCAGGCGGGGAGUAGGAGGCCUGUAAACCCUCGCGCUCCCCCGCAGCAGCACCAGAGCCCCUGGCGGCGGGAAGGGGUGUAUGGAAGGACAGACGGUGCCUCCUGCUGGGGAAGAUGUAGGGUGGGGGGGUGAUCCUUAUUGAGGGGAACUGCCGCAGAGAGCCUGGCUUCGCAGUCAGGGCACUAGGGGGGAGUUUUCACUAUCCAGCCCGAGGAGGCGAAGCCCGCACCAAAAUGGCGCCGGCGACUGCGCCUCCUUCCCGCCCAGGCUGGAGGUGCGGGCGCCCCGGAAGUGGAAGUGAGGUCACGCCCGUUUCCAAGAUGGCGGCGCCCAGCUUGCUGCGUGUGGGGUGGAACCGGCUGCUCUCCGGGUUCUUCUGGGGCGGCGCCGCCGCCCGGCUCCCGGCCCGCGGGCUCCGGCAGGUUGUGGAAGUUACUGAAGGAAAUACAACUGUUAUUGAAGGCAAAAUAAUAGAACAUACUGAAGCAUCAGCUCCUCCCAACCCUUCUGGUCAGUGCCCCAUCUGUCGCUGGAACCUGAAGUACAAGUACAAUUAUGAGGAUGUCUUAUUGCUGAGUCAGUUCAUCCGUUCUGAUGGAGGAAUGCUGCCCCGGAGGAUCACAGGUCUAUGUCCGGAAGAGCACAAGAAGAUUGUCGUGUGUGUGAAGAUGGCUCAACGAGCAGGUUUGCUGCCAAACCACAAGCCUCCCCUACCUGAAGGGUUUGUUCCCAAGAAAGCCAAGCCUAAACUCAACAGGUAUCUCACCCGGUGGUCCGUCAAAUCUGCCAAGCCUAUCUGGAACAAAGGCCACAAAUGGUGCAAAGUCCCCAUGGUAGUUGGACAUCCUGUGCUGCAGGACAACAUCAGAUAUGGGAACAAACCUAUUUAUUUGAAUCACUGAGGUGCAGUGGAACUUUUUUUUAUACCAAACCAGGAGAGGAGUAAAAUGUUCAUUGUUUCAUUGUGGCCCAAGAGAUUUUGAUUGUGGUUUUUGCAGCAGCAGUCCACCAGAGAAGGGAAUCUCUGGAAAUUUUUGCCUCAGCUCAGGUCUGCCAGUGGUCUAGGCUUUAGCACUUGUGACUGAGGGGGAAAAGGCCUUGCUGUACCCUCUGCUACUUUGCCUGUCAUGAUGAAAAUUGUGUUAAUCAUUAUUGAAGUGGAAUAUUUUUAUAAUCUGUAAUGUCCUUAGCUUGAAGCAGAAAGCACGUGGCAGUGGCAGGUGGGCAUUUGGCCUGAUGACUGCACCUCAUUAUCAUAACUCACUGGCAUGAUCUGACAAAUACAGAACGCAUUUGACAUUUUGUAAUGACUUGGCCUGUCAUAUUCUUCUUGCAAAUAAAUUUGUUGCAAGCCA